GGGGAAGCAAGGACUCGAACAGCACUAGAAUAUGCGUCAAUUCCCUUUUUUUGCUGCUCCCUAUGUAGGAAAGCUGUCGGGCCUAGGAAGCUGACUCGGUUCAGACGAUAUAGGUCCCUGUUACGGUCCCUUAUGGCAACAUGGUAGGCAUGCUCUUGGGCAGUUGCACCAUUAUCGGACACACUGGGACACGUGGAAAACGUUUUGAUUUGGCACGCUUCUUGGGUUGUGUUAGUACUGGCCAACACUUCAACAGUAAGGGUACAAGCAAUUUCCAAGCUCAGGGAUGCAGCAUGGAGGAUGAAGGAAGUGACGAGCAGUGUCGAUGGAAAACGUUGGAGUUGAAAUGCCUGCAAGAUGCCCCUCCCCAAAGCGGAAUGGUGCCGUCCGCCGCCAAGACUCGCGAGGCAACUUCGCGCCUGGGAUCGAAAGUUCAAGUUUAACUCGACCCGGAAGUUGUUUCGCUGUUUUCGUGAUUGCAUGCCAGUGGCAGUACAAAUUCUGACUGCAUAGGUACGACGAAGGAACAGUUUGUUCAACCAUCAACCGCAUCGGCAGGAAACCUGUUCGACAAAACCUAGAAUUCGUCCGUCCGUGACUGCAGAUAUCACAUCCGUCUGGACCCAACGAACCGCCAGAAGGAAUCCCGUCAUCAGGACAACUAUACCUUCACAGGGUUCGACCAAGGGGCAUCACAUCUAGUCCUCGUCGCUUGCCUCCUGGCCUGACAGAGAUCUUUGCUCUUGUUGCCGCAGCUGAGGCUCAACGGCUGAUCGUUCUGUUAAAUUCUGGCGGUGUUUUCUGCCAGGACCAAGAGAUUGCAGUUUGAGAGAGAGUUUCCUUGCCACCUCAUCACGCUCUCUUCCAGAUCAAGAUUGGACGUGGGCCUUUUCAUCACGAGCGGACUACUAUUCGCCUUUUGAGCUGUACUCAGUCUCUAUCCGGUUCUGUCAUAUCAAAUCCAAUUUCUGCAGUGGGUUGUGGAUUCUAAGCGAUUAUCUGACUCUCCUCGUCUGAGACCGCUCCCAGUGUUACACCACUCCUUUGAAGGCCAGAAUUCAGAUACCUGUUCCAAUGGAGGCUGAAAUCCAGGCUCAGAUACCUCAUAUUGACCCUGUUCUAUCGGAAUACUCGGUGGGAUAUCUCAACCAUGCGUCCAAGCAGUAUUUCUCAGAGGAGGAUCCUUCUGGCCUGCCUCCACAGGCAGAAGCUCUGGAAACCAUAACCUCCCUUCUUGUGUCCGCCUCGGGAGACUUCUCUGAACAGAAUGAAGCCUCGAUCCGGAAUCUGGUCGAAAAGUUCAUCGCUAGAUUGAAUGACGCCAAUGGUGUCGACCCUGAACGGAAGCAGAUGCCCUUUGCUGCCAAAAAGCUUGAACAGACCAUUCAAGUAAGCUCACAACGGAACAUUUCCUCCACCUUAGGAUUGACCAGUGGUGCUAUUGACCUCGAGGCUGCCAAUGCUCGAAAGGUGGAAUCCAAGGUGGACAAGAAAAAGCUCGAGAAGGCCGAACGGAAAAUCCGUGCCAAACAAGACAAAAAGAUUAUGAAAAAUGUUGAGUACGAAGCUUCGCGGCUGCUGGAUCAACCGGACAGCACUCAGUCUUACGAAGAGUUCUUCAUGGCUGUCAACCCACUUCAACUUGGCUCAGAUUCUCAAUCAAAGAGCAAGGACAUCAAGGUUGACGGCAUUGACAUAUCAAUCUCCGGUAAACGAAUUCUCACCGAUGCAUCACUGACCCUCGCGUACGGUCGACGGUAUGGUCUUGUUGGUCGGAACGGUAUUGGUAAAUCCACGCUGCUGCGUGCUUUGAGUCGGCGUGAGGUGGCCAUUCCAACACACAUAUCCAUUCUCCAUGUUGAACAAGAGAUCCUGGGGGACGAUACGCCAGCUUUGCAGGCCGUACUUGACGCCGAUGUUUGGCGGAAACAUUUGCUUGCCGAGCAGGAGAAGAUCACCAAACAACUUGCGGCGUUGGAGGCAGAGAGGUCGAAGAUGGCAGAUACAUCGAAAGAUGCAGCUCGCCUCGACCAUGAAAAAGACGGAUUGGAUACGACGUUGGGGGAUAUUCAAGCCAAACUCAGUGAAAUGGAAUCGGACAAGGCUGAAUCUCGUGCUGCCAGUAUCUUGGCCGGUCUGGGAUUCUCGACAGAGCGUCAACAAUAUCCCACCAAGACCUUCUCUGGCGGUUGGAGAAUGAGACUGGCGCUGGCGAGAGCCUUGUUUUGUGAACCAGACCUGCUACUCCUCGAUGAACCUUCUAACAUGUUGGAUGUACCCUCAAUCACCUUUUUGGCCAACUACUUGCAAACAUAUCCCAGCACUGUGUUGGUCGUGUCCCACGAUCGCGCUUUCCUCAACGAGGUUGCAACAGACAUCAUACAUCAACACUCGGAGAGGCUGGACUACUACAAGGGAGCCAACUUCGAUUCAUUCUACGCCACCAAGGAAGAACGGAGGAAGAAUGCCAAACGGGAGUACGAAAACCAAAUGGCCCAACGAGCUCACCUUCAAGCCUUCAUCGACAAAUUCAGAUAUAAUGCCGCCAAAUCAUCUGAGGCCCAGUCUCGCAUCAAGAAGCUGGAAAAAAUGCCUGUGCUGGAACCUCCGGAGGCAGAGUAUACAGUGCAAUUCAAAUUUCCUGACGUUGAAAAACUGUCACCCCCGAUUAUCCAGAUGUCCAAUGUGGCCUUCGGUUACAUCAAAGACAAACCCCUUUUGCGCAACGUUGACUUGGAUGUCCAGCUGGACUCCAGAAUUGGUAUUGUCGGACCUAAUGGAGCGGGUAAGACGACGGUGUUAAAGCUGCUUAUUGGGCAACUUCAGCCUACGUCUGGAAUGAUAACACAACAUCCCCGCCUUCGUAUUGGGUUCUUUGCUCAACACCAUGUGGAUGCACUUGACAUGAAUACCUCUGCGGUUGGUUUCAUGCAAAAGAACUACCCGGGCAAAACAGACGAAGAAUAUCGCCGUCAUCUCGGAGCUUUUGGCAUUACUGGGAUGACGGGCCUGCAGAAACUCGAAUUACUGUCUGGAGGUCAAAAGUCCAGGGUCGCAUUCGCCUGUCUGUCAUUGACCAACCCCCAUAUCCUUGUGCUUGAUGAACCGUCCAAUCAUUUGGAUAUUGAGGCAAUGGAUGCACUGUCAGACGCCCUGCAAAAGUUCCAGGGAGGUGUUUUGAUGGUCAGUCACGACGUGACCAUGCUGCAAAAUGUGUGCAACAGCCUGUGGGUCUGUGACAAGGGAACAGUUGAGAAAUUCCCUGGCGAUGUGAAUGCCUACAAGAAGAAGAUCACUGCGCAGGCCAACGAGGCUGGAGUUGUCCAAGCCCAUUGAGCUGCUAUACCAAUCUGUCAGUGUCCAAGUAACUACAAAUGUAUGUAGGAAUCAAAACUUGAUAAUUAUGACACAACGUAAAGCAUGACUUUGGGCACCA